CCCCUUUUCUCUCUGUAGUCUGUGUCCCUCACACUUCCCUGGAAAACGCUGAAGGAAAGAGUUGAGGAUGAAGAAGAUAUCUCUACAACUGGUCCCUCCAUCCCUCUCCCUUCCUAAUCCCACUUCCACCUUCCCCCAAUGCUUCACACCCACCAGAAACCCUUCUUUCUUAUCCCUCAAUUCCACCCCUCUAUCAAAAUCACUUCAAUUCAGCCACACCCACUUCAAACCCACCUUCAAAAACCCCGACUCUAUCAUUCUCAAGCCUUCUAGUAGACUGAAUUGCAAAGGGUUCAAAGACUCAGCCGAAAAACCCAAGGCCGUUUUGGACGUAAAAGGCGGCACCGAUGACGGCGGCGACGGAGGUGGAGGUGAUGAUGGAAAGGCGGAGGAAGAGAAGAGAAAUGGGUUGUUGCCGGAAUGGUUGGACUUCAAUUCGGACGAUGCGAAAACGGUUCUCGCAGCGAUUGCGGUGUCACUUGCGUUUAGGUCGUUUGUGGCUGAGCCUAGAUAUAUUCCUUCGUUGUCUAUGUAUCCCACGUUUGAUGUUGGGGACCGACUUGUUGCAGAAAAGGUAACUUACUAUUUUAGAAAGCCAUGCCCAAAUGACAUUGUGAUUUUCAAGAGCCCUCCAGUUCUGCAGGAAGUAGGAUACACUGAUGAGGAUGUCUUCAUAAAAAGAGUAGUUGCAAAGGAAGGUGAUGUUGUGGAGGUUCGUGGAGGUAAGCUAAUUGUAAACGGCAUCGUAAGAAAUGAAGGCUUCGUCCUUGAAUCACCUAAUUAUGAGAUGAAACCAAUUCGUGUUCCAGAGAAUUCAGUUUUUGUGAUGGGUGAUAAUCGUAAUAACAGCUACGAUUCGCACGUAUGGGGUCCCCUUCCGGCCAAGAAUAUAAUAGGAAGAUCGUUAUUUCGGUAUUGGCCACCAGCUAGGAUUGGCGGAACAGUUCUUCCAGAUGGCUGUGCUGUUGACAAGCUGGUGGAGAGCAGUUUAGCAUCUGAAUCAAACCCAACAUCGUGAUUCCUCUUUCUUGACCUUUUUUAGUUUUCAAUUGGUCCUCUCUCUCUCUUUUCGUUUAUUGGGAAAAAGCUCACAUUGCUCCUGUAAAAUCUACUUAUGUAACAGAGACCGAUAGAGAACAUUUUUGGAGACGGCUCAAUUUAUUGAUGUCCCGUUUGGUUGUGUAAA